ACGAAGGGGGCUGCUGAGGAGGUUUGGGCCCAGGAGAGUGGAAGCACCAUGUUCGUUACGGUGAGAUAUGGAGCUGACUGCCAAGAGAUUGUGAACGUGCACUGCCGGGUCCUGAGCCUCACCGCGCAUCUGAAGAAGAAAUGCCAGUGCAGGCCAGAAGAUUGCAUUGAUCUUCUAGAUGAAUCAGGGACCCUGAUGAACCUGAGCGAAGUGGAAAGUCCUGCAUCUGAGCUGGCCAGUAAAUAUCUACAGGAGAGACAGUGCUACAUCCUCAUCAGAGUCAUUCGAGGAGAAGGCUCGGAACCAACCUACUACGAAUCUCUACUGGAGAACCUGGGAAAACACCACCCUGAGCUAGCAGAGCGGCUGCAGAAGUUAUCGGCACACCCUCAGCUGAAGGACAACACAAGGAGGAGUUCUAUGCAGAGAAAGUUUCGCCCACUUAAGGAACCACUCCUGGGCUCCCCAGCCAAAGUCAGAAGCACACAGCAGAGUGAUGGGAAUUGCACAACAUCUCUCCAAGGGGACAGGUGGAUCCCAACACUGCUUCCAGGCAGAAAGGAAACAAGACUCACUGCUCUGCAUCUCCAAAAGCUCUUUAUGGACCUCAAUCUUCAACAGCCCAGUAAAACUGGUCAGGAUUAGUCUCCCUUUACACAGAGGAAGUGAAGCAGAGCAAUUCAGCAACUCCAGUGCCAAAGAGUAACCAUCAUCAGGGGCAGGAUUAGAACUAGUGAGUUCCUGCCUUCCAGUCCCAGGACCAGUUCAAACAAAUGGGGGCCCAGAAAAGUCAUCUAAUUGCCCCUCCUUUUAAGCAGCAAGGCCCAAGGCUAGUGUGCUCUGCCCCAACUGGCUAGAAGGUCAAUCUCACAAGUGCAGGGCUGGAGACCAGAGAACAUGUCUGGCACUUUGAGAGUUUGGGAUGACAGUUCAGGUAACAGGGAGUGGAGGUUUCCUAUUAAACAUGAAAAAGGGGGAGGCAGGGAAGAGACAUGUUUUGUGCCCCAGUCAGAACCAGUGUUAAUUUCUCCAGCUAGGAAAGAUGAAGGCAGGUUAAUGUCAAUUGAUUUAUUUUAAUCUAACUCCUAAAGCCAAGGUAGGCUUUCAGAAAUUAAGUUCAGCUAGUUUCAAAAUACCUAUACCCAUUGAUUUUUAAUAGAUAAAAAUGACAGGUUUUUUUCUCUUGUAAUAAAGGCAUCUUAUUAAGUUUAAAGCCAAACUGACCAGCAAAGUUCAAUAAAUCAAUGUUCCAAAUCCAGAGAGAGAAUAUACAUGUGGCUGUUUCCUCUACCGACUAGCAUCAGGUUCUGUUCUCCUGUCCCCACUUAAAUCUCAGGUUUAGCCUGACCAAACUGGUUCUAGGCACCAACACACCCCUACACACAAGGGCACCUCAGAGGCUUCUUAGUAAUAGCAGGACUUAAAGUGGAUAUUGUUUUUGUGAUCCUGGAGUGUAUGAAGGCCCUCUAGGACACCUGACAACCAGCCCUGCUUCCUGGACUCCAGGAACCUCUGAAGAAUAGUUUCUUGGUGAAACCAUGGAGCUG